AUGGCUGGCAGCACUUUCACAUUUGAAAAACCCAUUGUGAUCGCGCCUCCUCAAUGGAGGGACAGCGUUCCUUUUGCCGACCCGAUUGUCCCCGGGCAAACAUUAGAGAAAGCCCAGAGGGACAGCGAGAUAGCUUCGUCUGUCACAUAUUCCAACUUUCCAGUUGAUAUUCCCGCGGAAGUCCGCGAACAGUUGCGAACAUACCAACGCGAAAUCCUAGACUACCGCUCCUGGGCGAGUUUGAUCUGGUGGAAUACGGUACUGACUCACCCCUCGAUUCCCCAGGACACCUCCAAGGAAUCUACCAUCUAUCGGGUGAGCAAAGUGGCAGAGGCAGGCCAAAAGCAUAUGGCGGCAACACCCUGGCUCGCGAUUUCAGAGGCUGGAAUUCAAACAAAGAGUUUCGAUGUCUCUGUAAAGGAAUUCCAUGCGGUUCUGAUUCAGUCCAUCCUUGAAGGCUUCGUUUCCAUUCCAGAAUCUGGAUUUCAAAUUCUGGAAAAGAUCCUCAACAGCAUUGUCUCGGCCAUUGAGGCCAAGUCCGAGGUGGAAGAGGAUCUGGCCCAGUUCCAUGUGUCUGAACGCUACGAGUAUGAUCCAAUUGUCAAUGAUAUUCGUUCCUUCAUCCGGACCUGUCUUUUCCUCGUCACAUACGAAACGGUGGAGUUCAAUACCAAGAAGAGACAUGAAGAGUAUAUCAAACUCACCAUUUCAUACCAAGAGUACAACUAUGCCUUCAACAUGAAGGACUGGGCAUACGCAGCCACAGGGAUUGAAGAAUGGAAAAAGAAUGAGAUGGAUGACUUUAUUGGGAACGAAACCGUCGACCUUGACCUUUAA